ACCUAUUAGUGUAACGGAUGACACUUCUACAGAAGUGGAUGUGGAUGUAUUUCCUGAACUUGUUGCUGAAAGGGGCAUGUACUUUUGUUUAUAUACCAAUGGUGGUAAUUAUGUUUAUACUUAAUUGGUCUUAUGUUAAAAUUGUGGUGAUGUUUAUGUUUUUGCAAGUAAUAUUUUAUAUACUGAAUACAGAUUUCACAUCUGCACAUGAGUGUUCCCCUGUUCUGACUGACGGGAAGUCUGUCAGCAAGACUUCAACCUCUACUGAAUGCAAUGAAGGCAACAAAACUGCUUGUUUUUUCAAACGUUGUCAUGGUUCUGCCCCAUCUUGUCUUGCUUUUCUUGAUCUUGUGGCAGAGCCAUGGCAGAACCUCUUGUUUCAUGUGGAGAGAGGCGUUUUGGCCCUUUUGGCUUGCCAUACUCUCUCCGGUCUCGUCAUUGUUCCUGCCCUCUUGUUUCCUCGUUAGUGCUCGUUAUUAGUUCAUGCCCCACACCUUUCCCCUCUUGAUUUGAUCCCUUAUUUAAUGCCCCUUUGUUCUCUGUCCUGUGCUGGUUCAUUCUGCGUGUAUGUGUCAUUUGUCUGGUGAGUUCCUGUCCGUGUCCGUGUCUAGUCUAGUCUAGUCUAGUCUAGUCUAGUCUAGUCCUUGUUCAUUUUUAUCUCCAGUCUGGUCAGUGUAGUUAGUCUCAGUCCUGUCUUGUCAUGUCAUGUUAUCCCCUUGUUUUAUUAUGUUACCCCCACGUGGGUCUUUGUUUUGUACUUUUGUGAAUAAAUAUCCUGUUAAUCCCUUACCCGCUGUCUGCACUUGGGUCUCACCACCCGUUCAUGACAAAGGUUUCACAAAACUUUAAAUGUUAAAAAUCUUAGCUUUUCUAAUGUGUUCGUUUUACCCAAAUGUGUCUCUUUAACAGGAACAAUACUAUGAUGCACAGAGAGGGACAGGUUUUAUCAUGAAUCGCCUAAAGACGGUACAGAGAAACACCAGUUGUAAAAUGAUCUCUCGAUCAAAUGAGGAAUCCUGUGGUCCUAGAAUGGAGGAAAACAUCUGCCUUGCAGAUCAAAUAACAGGCAAUGAAUGCCAGGAAGCAAUCUCACUGCUUAAACACAGCACUGAUCGUGAUAUCAUCUUUUGUAAGAUGAAAGAAACUUUUCAUUACCGACAGGAGAUUGUAAAGGACCCAAAGAAGUCCACGGCCACCUUUCACAUUUUUCCUCGAUUCCUGGACACCAAGGGUCUGAUCCAGCAAGACUUGCAAGACUUCCAGCAAGAUGUUUGGCCUGGAAACAGCAUCCAGAUUUUUAGAGAAGUGGAAUACCUCCUUCAAGGAAAAUGUGAUUAAGGAGGCAAAAACUCUUAAUCCAUCUGCAUUCCUGCUACAGAUACUGAAAUUUGCUGAAAAAAACAACGGAGACAUCAAUAAUGAAGCUAAAAAAUGGGAUAGUGACAUAGCCUCCCUGCUUUUGCUGUUACACCUCCUUGCACCCCAACCCUCUGGAAGGAAGAGAGCAGACAAGAUCAGUGUGAGAGAUGCUGUUAAUCGCCUCCUGAAAUUUGAAAAGGUUCUGGAUUUUUUCUUGACCAUGUCUUGCAGAAGUUUGGAGGACCAUCUCUCAGAAGUAGAGGACAGGCAGCCCUAUCUUCUGGCCACUGGACAAACCAAAGCAGAUGAGCUGAAGUUCUACAUUGUGGUUGACAAGAAUCUCAUACCCUGUCAAGCAAGUACUUCACUGGGAGCUUUUGAUGAGCUUUUUAAAGUCUUUGGUGCACAAUAUGACCCAUCUCUCAGCAACAUGUUCACCUUUAUCCAGACAACAGUCUACAAAAUCCAUCCUAGAACGUCCAGCCAAUCAUCACGCACUCGAGAGUUGAGAGCAAAACUGUUAAACAAUUAGUUUAAUGGAAAGUACUACAUGAUAAGAUGUUUUAUUUGCAAUUCAUUGCUGGGUACAACAAUUAAAUUAUUUCGACACCUGAAGUUAUCUCAUGGCUUGUACCCAGGAAAAAAGCUGAGACUGAUUUGUGCUCAAGAGGGAUGCAGCUUACAGUUCAGCACCUAUUCUGGUUUCCGGAAGCAUUUACAUAAUAUCCAUUGUGAAGAUGAGGAUAAGGCAGAAAAGGAUUCAACUCCCAGCCAACAAACACAGGCUCAGAGAAAACUCACAAAAACUCAGAGAUGUAUUUCAUUCAUUUAUAAAGGAAAAGUCUAUUUUAUCAGAAUGAAUGUUUUCAAACCAGACUUUUAAACAUUAAGGUUGAUUUCAAGGAUGGCAUGUUGAAUUGUUGUAUUUUCAAUAUAAAGAUGUUACUGCAGUGUGUGUUUUUACUUGUUAAAAGACUUGUUAACUUCUAUUGAAAAUGUCUAUUGAAAUUAAUUUACUUGAAAUGCUCAGUGUGAUUGUUUAGCAUAUGAAUUAAGUAAUUGUAUAUUUUAUUAGAAUUAAUGUAUUUCAGUGUUUAAAUUUGAUGAUUUAAAGGAAAUACUUGUUUGAAUCUCAGCAGAAAUGUGUAUU